GCGCAGACGCAGGCGACACUGCCGUCUUCUGGACUCGCGGCACCAAGAUGGCGGAUUCUAAAAUGCGCCUAAACCUCUUCUCAGUUUUUCUCUUUAAUCUCCUUUACAGUUUAACGUUUGCCUUAUAUUUCCACAUAGGGGAAACUGAGAAGAAAUGCUUUAUAGAGGAGAUUCCGGAUGAAACUAUGAUUAUAGGAAACUACCGGACUCAGUUGUAUGACAAGCAGAAGGAGGAAUACCUGCCUGCCACGCAAGGCCUUGGCAUGUUUGUGGAAGUAAAAGACCCAGAUGAGAAGGUGAUCCUGUCUCGUCAGUAUGGGUCGGAGGGAAGAUUCACAUUCACCUCUCACACCCCGGGAGAACACCAGAUCUGCCUCCACUCCAACUCGUCCAAGUUUUCCCUCUUUGCCGGAGGGAUGCUGAGGGUACAUCUGGACAUCCAGGUGGGUGAGCACACAAAUAAUUAUGCUGAGAUUGCAGCCAAAGACAAGCUGACAGAGCUGCAGUUGAGGGUGCGACAGCUCGUUGAACAGGUGGACCAGAUCCAGAAGGAGCAGAACUAUCAGAGGUACCGUGAGGAACGCUUCAGGCAGACCAGCGAAAGUACCAACCAAAGGGUCCUGUGGUGGUCCAUCGUCCAGACCAUCAUUCUGGUCGCCAUCGGUUUCUGGCAGAUGAGGCACCUGAAGAGCUUCUUUGAGGCCAAGAAGCUUGUUUAGAAAGCACUCAGUCUCCUAUUUAUGUGUUCAGGUCAUGCAGUACACAUCAGCAGCUGCUGGCUUCGUCCUCUGGUCAUAAAGAUCAGGUUGGGUGGAACGAUAAAAUUAGCUGCAAAUGUGAUGUAGAUUGGUCUUCAGAUUCAUUUGAAUGUGUCUGUCACAUCCUCUGCCCACCCCGCCUUUUUUUUUUUUUUUUUUAAAGACGAGG